AUGGGAGAUAAAACUCCACAAGGAGAGCAAAAUCAAGCCAAUUUGGCUGCUAUGUUGCAAACCCUAAUGCAACGUUUGGAUAAUAUGGAUACUAAAUUUGAUGCUUUGGCUAAUGAUGUCCAACAAGUAAGAGAGGGACAAAAUCAACAAGCUCAACCUCCUCAACAAGGAGCCAAUGCCGCACACAACAAUGAAAGAGUUCAACCUCCACCACUAAGACAUGUUAUUCCUAGAAUCGAUCCUAUGGAGAGAUUGAGGCAACAAGAGCUUGGGGGUCAAGCUUAUAAUGAGAAUUUGCGGCCUAGGAGGGGAGUUGAAAGAGAGGAGUCUAAAGACAACAUCAAGUACAAAAUCCCUAAAUUCAAUGGGAGAGUUAAAAUUGGACAUAAGAUUCCAAUUAAGAAAGAUGAGAAAUCAUCCAACAAAGAGAAGGAGUUGGCGCAAAAGGGGGCAAACCCUAAAACCGAUUCUAAGUCUUCAUCAAGUUCUUCUUCUAAGAAUCAUGUUAAGUGUUUUAAGUGUCAAGGAUAUGGUCAUUAUGCUAAGGAUUGUGUUAACAAGAAUGUUAUGUUCACAAAUGACUAUGGAGAAAUUGAGAGUGAAGAUGAAGAAUUUGCACUAGGAUCUAGUGGUGAUGGAGAUGAUGAAAGGGGAUUUGCGCAUGAUGAAAAUGGUAAUACACCGACACUUUUGAACUUAGUUGCAAGAAGAACUUUAAGUGCCUAUGUUAAAGAAGAUGUGCACAAUCAAAGGGAGAAUUUGUUUCAUACUAGGAUGUAUGCGUGUGGGAAACCUAGUAGUGUGAUCAUUGAUGGAGGAAGUUGUACAAACAUAGCUAGUGUAUACUUAGUGAAGGAGUUGUCGUUGCCCACUACCAAACACCCUAAACCCAAUAGUUUAGGAUGGUUCAAUGAUAGAGAGGAGAUUAAGGUUAACAAACAAGUUUUAGUUUCUCUUUCUUUGGGCAGGUACAAUGAUGAGGUGCUAUGUGAUGUUCUUCCAAUGCAAGCAUGCCAUGUCUUACUUGGUCGACCAUGGCAAUAUGACAACAAGGUCCAUCAUGAUGGUGAGACAAAUAAGUAUUCUUUUGUUUGUGGCAAGCAUCCUAUUACUUUGAUUCCUUUAUCACCUCAAGAAGCUUUAAAAGAUCAAUUGAAAUUGAAAGAGGAUUUUGCUAAAUUGGAAUCGGAAUAUAGUGUUCAAGAAAAGGCUAAGAAUGUUAGUUCUAGUGUGAAUUGCAUUGACAACAAAUCUGUUUUGGUUGAUAAGCAUGCUAGUUCUAAGAAAGUUGUUAAGGAGUGUAUGUUAGCUACUAAGAGUGAGAUUAAAGAAGCAUUGAAUGAUAAUUCUGUUUUGCUCUUGCUUUUGCUUAAAAAUACACUUGUUGCUACUAACAACUUGGAAAAAGAGCUUCCAAGCAACAUUGUUUCUCUUUUGAGUGAUUAUGUAGAUGUUUUUCCUAAGGAGAUUCCUAAUGGUUUACCACCAAUUAGGGGGAUUGAACAUCAAAUUGACUUCAUCCCUGGAGCGCAAAUACCUAAUAAGCCAGCUUAUAGGACAGAUCCUGAAGAAACAAAGGAGUUGGAGAAGCAAGUUGGAGAGCUACUACAAAAGGGUUUUGUGCGUAAAAGCCUUUUUCUAUGUGCAGUUCCUGUUUUGCUUGUUCCUAAGAAGGAUGGAACUUGGAGAAUGUGUGUUGAUUGUAAAGCAAUAAACAACAUAACGAUUGAUUUAAAGAGUGGCUAUCAUCAAAUUCGCAUGAAAGAGGGUGAUGAAUGGAAAACUGCCUUUAAAACUAAGAUAGGGUUGUAUGAAUGGUUUGUUAUGCCUUUUGGAUUGACUAAUGCACCUAGUAAUUUCAUGAGGUUAAUGAGUCAUGUCUUGAGUGCUUAUAUUGGCAAGUUUGUUGUUGUUUAUUUUGAUGAUAUUCUUGUGUAUAACCGAAACCUAAAUGAACAUAUUAAGCACUUGCGUUGUCUGUUAGAUGUACUUAGGGUUGAGAAAUUGUAUGCUAACCUUAAGAAGUGCACCUGA